CGCGUACGCGGCUAGCUACUCCUGAGUCAGAGUGGAGUAAGGGGGUGCGGCCGGUUCACAUCAGAUCUGAUCGACCAAGUGGACCCGUUCAGCACCUUGUCAUCCUCUCUCACCAACAACCAGCCCGAGCUCCUUCAUCGAGGGCCAUCUGUUCGACGAAUCCCGCGCUGGACCUCUAGGCUGCCGCACAUAGUCCGCAACAUUGACAGUGAUCCACUCUCCCGACGUUCCCAUCUUCACUCUAUCGUACAUUCCCGAGGUUGAGUACUACUGCAUCCACACAUCAUGGUUCGUGUUCUACCUCUCGCACUCGCCCUUACGGGAGCCAUUGGCGCUGCAGCGGCUCCUGCUGCGACCACCUCUAUUCCUGCCUUUGUGCCGGGACAGAUGGUGUACACUGGCUUUGAACCUGCUCAAGUCGUUUCUCAUCCUACACGUCAGCCUAUCAAGAACAACUACAUGGUUGUUUUGAAGGAUGGCGUGAGCGAGAGCUCUCUGAACAUGCACACGUCUUCUGUGCAACAGGCUCAAGCUGCUUCUUUCUCGUCGCUGAGCAGCGAGGGCCAUGCACCAGGCGUCAGACACGUCUACCACCUGGAUGGUCAAUUCUCUGGGUACGCUGGCGCGUUCUCAGACGAUGUCUUGGCUUACAUCCGCGCGCAUCCCGACGUUGCUUACGUUGAGGAGGACACGGUAGUGUCCACUCAAGAGAUGCCUCACAAUGGUGACCACGUCUGGGACGUCCCGUACGAGUCCACCAUCGAGCAGGCUUACGCCAUGGCCGGUGCUCCCGAGCUCAGCCCAAUGGCCGUCGAAAAGGGUUCUCCUUGGGGUCUCGUACGAGUCUCUCACCGCCAGGCCAUUAGCUUCCCCAUCUUUGGCCAAUAUGUCUACAACAGCCACGGAGGCGAAGGUGUCACCGCAUACAUCGUUGACACUGGUAUCAACACAAAGCAUGUUGAGUUCGAAGGUCGCGCACGCUGGGGCAAGACCAUGCCUGCCAACGACAAUGACGAAGAUGGCAAUGGUCACGGUACUCACUGUGCUGGUACGGUCGGCUCUCGCAAAUAUGGUGUCGCGAAGAAGGUCGAGCUCGUGGCUGUCAAGGUUCUCGGCUCCGGCGGCUCCGGCUCCAUGUCUGAUGUUACUGGUGGUGUCCUUUGGGCUGCAAACAACGCCACAGCGAUCGCAAAGGAGCACGCUGCCAACCCUAACACUGCCGCUGCUAAGAAGCACAAGGGAUUCGUAGCCAACAUGAGUCUGGGAGGUGGCAAGAGCCCAAGUUUGGACAAGGCCGUCAACGGAGCCGUUCGCAGCGGUCUCCAUUUUGCUGUUGCAGCCGGAAACGAGAAUGCUGAUGCCUGCAACACCAGCCCUGCCGGCGCCGAGGACCCCGUGACUGUCGCUGCAUCCACCUUUGGCGACGAGCGCGCGUACUUCUCUAACAAGGGCCCCUGUGUCGACAUUGCUGCUCCUGGUCUCAACAUCCUCAGCACCUGGAUCGGCUCCAACACCUCCGUCAACACCAUCUCUGGAACUUCCAUGGCUACGCCUCACACUGUCGGUAUGCUCGCUUAUCUUUUGAGCGUGUACGGCACGCCUGAGUUCUACGAGGGGGCUAGCACCACCCUGUUCGAUGUGGAGCAAGCGUCUCCCGUUCUGCGCUUCACUGGUCUCGCACGCGUGUUCGACGCUCUGCCCCUCCCCAGUCUCAUCCUCGAAGUCGCUAGCCGUCUGUUCGGUGCCGAGAAGACGGCAGUGCAUGCUCUGGCACCGGUCCCCGCCAUUCCAAGCGUGAUCGAGCCCUUGAAGCUGAAGGCUGCUCUUCAAAAGCUGGCCACCAAGGAUAUCCUCACCGACAUGGCCGGCACAAAGAAUCUCCUCAUCUUCAACAACGCUACUGACGCCACCAAGGGUGCUUGAGCGUUGCGUAUCAAGCGUCUGUCUUGAUGCGGUCUCAAUCACUGACGAUUCAGGUCUGCGACCACAUGCUCCUUGUGCACAAUCGCGAGCGACUCGCUUCCGGGAGUCGCUCUUGACUCGAAACCUCAUCAUGAACCUGAAUUUGAAUGGAAUACAAUGCAAUGCAAUGACCGUGCGCACUCGUU